AAAAAAGGCCUGGCCAAAUCAAUUUUUUUCAUUUUAGCCAAAAAAUGAUGAUGAUGGAAAAAAAAAACAUUGAGAAGAAAAAAGAAACCGAACAGAUUUCAUAUUGCUUUGGUCGUGAUCAUAUCGGGUGCUUUCUCUCUCUCUUUCAUUCAUUCUCUGUGUGUCUCUAAUUUCGUUACUUUGCUUUGCGUUAUCGCAUAAACACAAGCCAUAAUUGUGUUAAUAGUGUUUGCCGAUGUUCUGUGUGUGUUACGAUAGUCGCGACGUUAUCGUUCGAUUUGCCUAUGCGCAAAAAAAUUUCGAACACUAAAAAAAAAAAUUACAAAAAUCAAAAAAACAUUCGAAAUUUUUUUUCUUCUUUCUUUAAAAUUGUAAUUUUUUUUUUGAUGGAAAAUUUUUCAACUUUUUUGUUUUUUCUUUUCUCAAACAAAUCUCCUUCGAUGAUCCAAUUGAAUUGAAUUUUUAGUUUUUUUUUUGUUUUGGAGAUAGAAUCUCCCACUUAAUCAUAUGAUCUUUGAGUUUUGUGAAUAUAUUUCAAUGUUAUCAUUAUUAUUUUAUUAUUAUUAUCAUUUUUUUCAUCAUAAUCAUCAUCAUCGAAAAUCGUCAUGACCAUAAUCGUAUUUUUAAUCGAUACAAGCGGUUCAAUGAAUCAACGUGCCCAUUCGGGUGCAAAACAAACAUUAUUAGAUAUAACAAAAGAAACUGUUGAACGUUUUAUUAAGAAUCGCCAAAAGGAUAUUGCAGCACGUGGUGAUCGUUAUAUGUUGUUUACAUUCGAUGAAACACCAUACAAUAUAAAGGCUGGCUGGAAAGAAACACAUGCAGUAUUUGUAAAUGAAUUAAAAAAUCUAUCAGCCACCGGUUUAACAACAAUGAAUACAGCAUUGAAAAAUUCAUUUGAUUAUUUAAAUGUUAAUCGUAUGCAAUCCGGUAUCGAUACAUAUGGUAUGGGUCGUUGUCCAUAUUUUUUAGAACCAGCUGUUAUUAUAUUGAUGACCGAUGGUGGUAAAUUUUCAACAUUAAAUAAUGUACAAGAUGAAUUAGUAAUACCGGCAUCAAGUUGCCCUGGUUCAGAAUUUACAAUCGAACCAUUUCGUUGGGAUCAACGUUUAUUUUCAAUUGUAUUACGUUUUAAUGGUAUUUAUCGUAAUGAUCAAACACAAUUAGUACAAACAGUUGGCUGUGAUCCAUCACCAAUUAAUCAACUUUGUGAAGAAACUGGAGGCCGUUCAUUUAGUGUUACAUCAAAAAAUGAAAUAUAUUGGUCGGUUGAUUAUAUACUUGCCCGAUUACAUCAUGGUGUAAUGGUAAAAUUUGAAAAAUUUGGUCCUGAUCCACCAAUGAUACAGCCACCACCACCGCCAUCAUCUUCGAUUAAUGGGGUUAAUGAAGAAACAAAAACUAUAAAUACUAAUAAUACUAAUAAUUUUGAUCGUUCAUGGCAAUGUACAAGAAAUAUGAUAUUAGUUCGACCAGCAACAAAAGGUUAUUCAGUUGGACAUUGGCCAAUACCUGAAUCAUAUUGGCCUGAUUCAAACAUUCCAAGUUUACAGCCACGUACAGCACAGCCAAUAAUAAGAUUUACUUGUACAAAUUCUGAGCCAACUGUGAUUGAAAAUUUGCCUUUCGAUAAAUAUGAGCUUGAUCCAAGCCCGUUAACAAAUUUUAUAUUAGCAAGAAAACAGCCAAAUGUUGCAUGGCAGGUAUUUGUUUCGAAUAGUCAAAGAAAUUCUGAAUUUGGCCAACCAUUUGGUUAUUUAAAAGCUAGUACAAAUUUAGCAUGUGUUAAUCUAUUUGUAUUGCCUUAUAAUUAUCCAAUGUUAUUACCAUUAUUGGAAGAAUUAUUUAAACAAUUACAAGGAAAACCAACACGUGAAUGGCGACAACAAUUUGAUAAUUAUUUGAAAGGUAUGCCUGUUUAUUAUGCAACAUCAUUACGACGAGCAUUACAACGAAUGGGUGCACCAAAUUUAAUACCCGAAAAUAUGGAAUUAUAUGCAACUGUAAAUCUAAAUAAUAUAAUAAAAAAACAAAAAAAUAUGGCCAAAUUAGAAUUUGAUAAACUAACAUCAUCAAUGGGACAACAUAAACCAAUCAAUAUUGAAUGGCCACGUAUUUCAACAAAUCAUUUUAGUUUAAUGUAUCAUAAUCGUAAAACAAUUAAUAAUCUUUAUUGUUCAAAUCCAUCAUUGAAACGAACAUUCGCACAACGACCAUAUGAAUUUCAAGAUUUUAAUGGUUUUAUUGUUCGAUAUAAAGAUCGUCCAUAUUCAGAAUAUAAAACAUCAUUUUAUCGUAAUCCAGCUGAUAUACCACGUAAUGAAUUAUUACGACAAGCAAAUAAAAUACGACAGAUAUUUUUUCAAAAACAAAUGUCAUUGGCAAAAUUUACAAUGGAUGAAGAUCAAACAUUUAAUCUACCCGUAAGUCAAAUGGGUAAUUAUCAAGAAUAUUUGAAAAAGAAACAGCCACCAUUAAGAGAAUUGGAAGCUGCACCAAGUCGACAACAUAUGUUUGGUAAUCCAUUCAAAUUGGAUAAGAAAAAUCCAAUGAUUAUUGAUGAAGCUGAUAUUGAAUUAUCGAAUAAUAGUGGUGGUGGUGGAAAUGGUGGACCAAAUAAUAAUAGUGGUGAUGGACAACCAAAAGGAAUGAAAAGAUCAUUACCAUCAAUGGCACAAGGUGGUCCAUCAAUCAAACAACGAAGAAAACCAGGUCCAAUACCAAAAGAUUAUUCUUAUACAAGAUCUCGUUCACCAUCACCAUUAAUGUUUAAUCAACCACCACCGACACCACCUCAACAAUAUAUGAUGUCACCUCAACAACAGCAACAACAAUUAUCAUCACCAAAUCCAUAUUUCAGUGGUGGUAAUUAUCCACCACCAAAUUCAAAUAAUCAAAAUCAAAUGUAUCAAACAGUGGUAAAUGGUUCAACAACAACAACACCAUUAUCAUCUCAACAACAACAGCAAUUAUCAAAUAAUAAUAAUCAAGUUAAUCAUCAAAAAUUACUUCAACAAUCAUCAUCACAAACAAUGAUGAAAUCAAAUAUGAAAACUAAUAAUAAUGGUAAUAGCAAUAUGAUUAUAGGUAAAAAUAAUACCGGUGAUUCAACAACGAUUAGAGGUGCUUUUGGUUAUCAUUUAUCAUCACAACAACAACAGCAACAACAACCACCAUUAAUUAUCAAUAACUUUACUGGUCAUGGACAACAACAACAACAACUAUUCAAACCAAUUGCAAAUAGACCAACAGGAUUUAGUGGAUCAAUUUUUCCGAAUCAUAAUCAACAACAAUCGGCAAAAUCUAUUCAUCAAAUAAUAUCGAAUGGUAAUGGACAACAACCACAACAGUCCGUUUCUACUGGUUCGAAUCCAUUUCCAAAAUUAAAUCAACAUUUAAUUAAUGGUAAUAGUGUUGGUGGUGGUAAUACGAUGAUGAUGAUGAGUGGAGCAAAACAUUUUGGAUUUUUUUCAACUGGAAAUGGUUUUAAUCCAAAUCGUGGUUAUUUAUUUAGUAAAGAAGAAAAUGAAAAAUUAAAAUCAGCUUUACAUUUUGUACGAAUGAAAGAUUCAAAAUCAUUGAUACAAAUAAUAUCAACACAGAAAGGUUUAUUUGCUGAUCGUUUAUUAUUUGAAUCAGUAUCAUAUGCACAACGUUUUAAAAUGACAUCAAUCAUACAGAUAUUGAAUAAUCAUUUUGGUAUUCGUGUACAAUAUGCAUUGGAUAUUAUUAAUAAUAGUAAUCCAAGGAUGAUGAUGACGAUGGCCACAACAACAACAAAUAAUCAAACAACAGCAGUAGCAGUGACCAAUACAACGAUCUCUACAUCACCAGCCGUUGUUACAGUUACCACAAAUAAAUGAUGAUGAUAUGUUUGUGUGGUGUGAUUGUUUUAUUCACUGUGAUGAUUCACUUUCAUGAUGAUCUUCAAAAUUCUUUCAAAUGUGAAUUUUAUUUAUUUUUGUUUUUGGAUCGAAAAUGGACAAGUUUUUUUUUUGCUGUCACUUAAUCAAAUUGACCUAUCGAUUGAUUGUUACAUUUA